CCUCGCCGUCUCGUGAAGAAAGACGAGUCGAAGGUUGCUGAGGGGGGAUGCCCUGAUGACGAAGAGAUGGGCGUGGACAAGCCGUCUCUGGUGGUGGACUUGGUGGAGGACCCUCUUUCGGGAAUCCCGGCCGACGUCCGCUCUCAGAUACCGGCGGAGGUGGCCCGCCGAGCUAGGUCUUCGGGCGCCAAAGACAAAGGGAAGGAUGCAGCUGCUGCCGAGGAUGAGAACGUACCUGCUACUCCACACUAUUCGUCAAAGGAUAGGGUGGCUAUAUGCCGCAAGGUUUUUAAGGCCGUCCCCGCUGAGUAUGUUGCUUCUCUUCCUGGCCGCAAGACUGACGCCCAGUUUGGUGCGAUCCAGGCCACUCUUCUCGACUUGUUCUGCCGCAUGGAAUUCUGCAAGAGCUGGAAGGCCCGCACUGCUGAGGAGCUCAAAGCUCAGGUGGCUGAGUCCACCCACCAUGGUGACUAUGCGUUCAAGUCCAUUGAAGAGGUCCGCCUGCAGAUGCAGACGACCAUAGACCUUCAAGCGAAGGAGGUGGCUGCGUUGAGAUCUGACAAGGCCGAGCUGCUUAAGAAGAUCUUGGCGCAGGACAAGGACAUGGUGGCAAUGGUCGAGGAAGCCAAGACAGCGGCGGCGGAAAUACGGGCGCUUCAGGACCAGUUGCGGGAGUACCCUCAGGUCAAAGAGGCGGCUGAGGAAGCCGAGCAUCUUCGUGGGGAGCUAGAGACGGCCAGAUCGCAAGUUCGCACCUUGCGUGAGCGUCUUCUGGAAUCCUAUGAUCAGGGGGAACAAGCGACCAAAGACGCUGUUAAGCACGCCUGGGAGAGCCACAUGUCAGAGUAUGAUCUUGGGUGGUUCCAGCGGCGAAUGGAGCACAGUGCCGCUGUGUUGGCUGCUGAACGUCUUGGUCAGCCGCCCCCUGAGUUUGUAUCAUCUGAUGACGAGGACGAUGCGGCCGCCCCCUGAUUUGCUUCCUUUCCUAUUU